AGUGUCCUGGAGAUUUAUUUUUCGUCAUGGUUUCGGUUGCAUAACUUUGGCUCGCUCUGAAGAAACUUAUCUUAACUAAAUAUGUCAUUUUGUUCUUUUUUCGGAGGAGAGGUCUUCAAAGACCACUUCAAGCCUGGUAUUUAUGUCUGCUCAAAGUGUGACCACCAGCUGUUUUCCAGUCGAUCCAAGUAUGAACACUCCUCUCCUUGGCCUGCAUUCACUGAGACUAUUCAUGAGGAUAGUGUGUUGAAGGCCAAAGAAAGAUCUGGGGCAUACAAGGUGCGAUGUGGGAAAUGUGGAAAUGGCCUGGGUCACGAGUUUGUAAAUGAUGGGCCAUCAAAAGGGGCCUCACGUUUCUGAAUAUUCAGCAGCUCACUGAAGUUUGUCCCCAAAGAUAAGGUAGAUGGACAAUAAGGUGAGUUAUGAAUGCUGCUGUAUCUGUUGAAGUUACUCAGCUGCUGAAGAUGAGGACAUUGUAUGACGAGGUCUGGUACAAGCCUUAUCCGGGACACUAGAGCUCUGAAGAACCAUGACUCCACCUCACAGCAUGGAACACAAGACUCCGGAUCUCUCUAUGCAAAUUCAAAUGCAGUUGUAAUUCAUUUGAGUGGUAGGCACUCAAUUAAUAAUGUAAUAUUUUUUAUUUACACUGUAACAAUCACAAAAUGAAAUGAAAAAUGAAAAAAAAAUUUUUUUUAAUUUAAAUUUAGAUCUAUAAGAGACAUCUUUGUAAGGGUGUACAUUUUUGCAACAAUUUAAUACAAGGUAUUAAAGAUGCAUAACAUUUUCUGGUGGAGGGUUCAUCAUCUGUCUCCAUGGAGAGCAAGCAGGUGUUAGACUCCACAACAGAAAACUUAAAUUUGACUUAAAUUAUUAAUGUCAAAGAAGAAUAUCUCAUAUAUGUGCAAAACAAAAAUAAAUAUUUUAAUGUUAAUGCUUAUGUUCCUAAUUUGUUUGUUCCUAAUUGAAUAUUUUGUUGAUAAAGAUGAAG